AGAUCAGAUUUACCCAAGUCCUAGAAUGCCCCCUAAAGUAAGCGGGAAAACUGCGAAGAAGGCCGGCCAAGCCCAGAAGAAUAUUGCCAAAGGAGACGAGAAGAAGAAGCGCAAGAGGAAGGAGAGCUACGCCAUUUACAUCUUCAAAGUGUUGAAGCAGGUCCACCCCGACACUGGCAUCUCCUCCAAAGCCAUGACCAUCAUGAACAGCUUCGUCAACGACAUUUUCGAGCGCAUCGCUGGAGAGUCGUCCCGUCUUGCCCACUACAACAAGCGUUCGACCAUCACUAGCCGGGAAAUCCAGACGGCCGUCCGUCUGCUCUUGCCCGGUGAGUUGGCCAAGCACGCCGUGUCUGAAGGCACCAAGGCAGUGACCAAGUACACCAGCACCAAGUAAAUUGUCUCCGGUGUUCUCUUUCAAAACGGCCCUUUUCAGGGCCACCAAACGUUUAUAGAAAAGAAUUAUACUUAACUACCACACAGCUUCUUACUUAAGUGAUAAGUUCUACUUUACGGUAGACAAAUGCAAGCGCAUGAUCAGGAAAUAAAUAUAUAUAAAAGGAAAGUA